UGUAAAUUCACUUCAAUAGUUGGUAGAUACACCAAUUGGAAAAUCAAUGAAAGCCUUUUCAGCUUUGUUUGUAUACUCUAUCUUACUCUCCUUCUUAAGACCCUCCACAACACAUGACUGCAUCACUCCAUGUCAAUCAAUCAGAGAUGGUGAGACUAUGAUUUCGCCUGGUGGAAUCUUUACACUAGGAUUCUUCAGCCCAGGUAAUUCGGAAAACCGAUAUUUGGGAAUUUGGUACUCAGUAUCUAAUAAUGACGGAGUUGUAUGGGUAGCCAACAGAGAAACUCCCCUUAAAAAUCACCAAGGAGUGUUCAAGAUUACCAACAAGGGAAUUCUUGUCGUUCUUGAUAGCACAAAUACUACUAUUUGGUCAUCCAAAACAUCAAGAACUGCAGGGAAUAAGAUCAACAAUGUAACUGCACAGCUCUUGGAUUCAGGAAAUCUUGUGGUGAAAGAUGGAAAUGUUAGUGACCCAAAGACCUUUUUGUGGCAGAGUUUUGAUUAUCCUAGUGACACAUUAUUACCGUCAAUGAAGAUUGGAUGGGACCUAGAUAGUGGUAUAGAUAGGCAUAUGACAUCUUGGAAGAGUAUGGAAGAUCCUUCCCAAGGUGAAUUUUCAGGAUAUUUUGAUCAUCGAGGGCUCCCACAAUUGGUUGCUAUGGACGGAGACAAAAUAAAGGUUAGACUAGGGUCUUGGAAUGGCCUUCGUUUUACGGGGAUGCCAUGGUUAGUACCAAAUCCGUUUUUCACGUAUAAAUUCGUGAUGAAUGAGAAAGAGACUUAUUUCCAGUACGAUGUCCCAAACAACACUUUUUUCUUGAGGUUUGUGUUAAACCCAUCUGGCGUUGGGGAAGGCUUUAAAUGGAUGGAUACCACCAAAAGUUGGGAGAUUGGAAUUACAACCCAGGCAGAUGUGUGUGAAAAUUAUGCCCAUUGUGGUGUCUACUCUACCUGCGACAUCAAUAAAUCUCCAGUAUGUUCAUGUUUGGAUGGAUUUAAACCAAAAUUUCCAAAUGAUUGGAAUUCAGCAAAUUGGUCUGGUGGGUGUCUUCGAGAAACUCCACUGGCUUGCAAUGACAGAGAUGGGUUCCAAAACUACAAGAAUGUGAAAUUGCCUAACACCUGUUUUUCUUGGUUUGAUAGCAAAAUGAAUCUUAAGGAAUGUGAAGAAAUGUGUUUGAAAAACUGCUCAUGCAAUGCAUAUGCAAAUUUAGAUGUCAGAAACGGAGGAAGUGGUUGCUUGCUUUGGUUGGCUGACCUGGUUGAUAUGGUAGUAGUCCAGGUGGGUGGGCAAGACAUCUAUAUUCGUCAGCCCGCUUCAGUACUAGAUCAUAAUGAGAAGAACAGGCACCCUCAAGUAAUAAUCACAAUCACUGUAUGCAGUGCAAUACUACUCAUGGUAAUGCUUGUAGUGGGGCUGGUCUUAUAUUUAUCGAGGCUGAAACAUAGAAAGGAAGUUUCAGGACUGAAUAUAAAAGACCAAAAUGAUUAUAAUAAUGACAGCUGGGAUGAAGAUAUGGAGUUACCGAUAUUUGAUCUGAUAACCAUAUCUAAUGCCACUCAUAACUUUGCAAGAUACAACAAGUUAGGAGAAGGUGGCUUUGGAUCUGUAUAUAAGGGUACAUUGCUUGGUGGGCAAGAAAUAGCUGUAAAGAGACUUUCAAAGAGUUCUGGACAAGGAUUCAAUGAGUUCAAAAAUGAAGUUAUAUUAAUUGCCAGACUUCAACACCGCAACCUUGUGAAGCUACUCGGUUGUUGUAUUCAAGAAAAUGAAAAAAUGUUAAUCUAUGAAUACAUGCACAACAAAAGCUUGGACUCAUUUAUUUUUGACCAAACGAAGAGUAAAUUGCUCGAUUGGCGUAUGCGCCACAACAUUAUUGGUGGCAUUGCUAGAGGGCUUCUUUACCUUCAUGAAGACUCUAGAUUGAGAAUUAUCCACAGAGAUCUCAAAGCUAGCAAUGUCCUACUAGAUAAUAACAUGAAUCCAAAAAUUUCUGACUUUGGCCUUGCUAAAACAAUUGGGGGAGAUGAAACAGAGGCUGAUACCAAAAGAAUUGUUGGAACAUAUGGUUAUAUGCCUCCUGAGUAUGCUGGAUAUGGACAAGUCUCAGUGAAAACUGAUGUUUUUAGCUUUGGAGUUUUAUUACUAGAGAUUGUGAGCGGAAAGAAGAGCAAGGAAUUGUGCAACUCUGUCCAAUGCCAUAAUCUUCUAGGCCAUGCAUGGAGAUUAUGGAAUGAAGAUAAGCCAAAGGAACUGAUAGAUGAAUUCUUAAUCUUAGACGACUCGUGCACUUUAUUUGAAGUGUUACGUUGCAUUCAUGUGGGUUUGUUAUGUGUACAACAAAGUCCAGAAGAUAGGCCAAACAUGUCAUCCGUGGUUCUAAUGUUAAGCAGUGACAAUCCAUUGCCCAAUCCAAGGCAGCCAGGUUACUUUACAGAGAAGGCUCUACUUGGAGAAGAUUAUUCAUCAAGAAAUGUGAUCACCUGUACAGUGUUAGAAGCAAGAACCUCCACUACACUAGACACCAUCACUCCAAGCCAAUUUAUCAGAGAUGGUGAGACUUUGGUUUCAGCUAGUAGAUUCUUUGAAUUGGGAUUCUUCAGCCUGGAUGGUUCGAAAAGCCGAUAUGUGGGAAUAUGGUUUGUGGUAUCUAAUGACACAGUUGUAUGGGUAGCCAACAGAGAAACCCCACUUGAAAAUCACCAUGGAGUUUUAAAGGUUACCAACGAAGGAAUUCUUGUCCUUCUUGAUAGCACAAAUACUACUAUUUGGUCAUCCAAUACAUCAAGAACUGCAGGGAAUAAGAUCAAUAAUCCAACGGCACAGUUAUUGGAUUCAGGAAAUCUUGUUGUGAAAGAUGGAAAUAUUGAGAGUCUUUUGUGGCAAAGUUUUGAUCAUCCUUGCGACACGUUAUUACCGGAAAUGAAGCUUGGAUGGGACUUAGUUAGCGGUCUAGAUAGGUAUUUAACAGCUUGGAAGAGCGCAGAAGAUCCUGCUCCAAGUGAAAUUUCAGCAGGGUUAGAUCGUCGAGGGCUACCACAAUUAUUUGUUAUGAAGGGAGACAAAAUAAAGGUUAGACUAGGGUUUUGGAAUGGCCUUCAUUUUAACGGGAUGCCAUGGUUAAGACCGAAUCCAUUGUUCAAGUAUGAAUUCGUGAGGAAUGAGAAAGAGAUUUAUUACGAGUAUAAAGUCCUAAACAAUUCUAUUUUCUUGAGGUAUGUGAUAAACCCAUCAGGCAUUGGGGAGGGUUUUAAAUGGAUGGAUCACACCAAAAGUUGGGAACUUGGAACUACAACCCUAUCAGAUCAGUGUCAAAAUUAUGCCCACUGUGGUGCAUAUGCCAGCUGUAAUAUCAAUGAGUCUCCUGUAUGUGCAUGCUUGAAAGGAUUUAUACCAAAAUCUCCAAAAGAUUGGAAUUCAGCAGAUUGGUCUGGUGGGUGUGUUCGAGGGACGCCACUGGGUUGCAAUGAUGGAGAUGGGUUCCUCACCUACAAGAGUGUGAAAUUGCCAGAUAUAUCUUCUUCCUGGUUUGAUAGGAACAUGAGUCUCAAGAAAUGUGAAGAAAUGUGUUUGGAAAACUGCUCAUGCAGAGCAUAUGCUAAUUUAGAUAUUAGGAAUGGAGGAAGUGGCUGCUUGCUUUGGUUUGUUGACUUGGUUGAUUUAGUAGUACUCCAAAUGGAUGGGCAAGAGUCGCAAGACCUCUAUAUUCGUGUGGCCGCUUCAGUACUGGAUCAUACUGAGAAGAGCAGGCACUUCGGCCAUAAAAAUCAAGUAAUAAUCACAAUCUGUAGUGCAACACUAUUCAUGGUAAUGCUUGUACUGGGGCUGGUCUCAUAUGUAAGGAGGAAGAAACUUAAAAAGGAAGGAAUGAAUAUAAGAUGCCAAAAUGAUUCUAACAGUGAAGGAUGGAACGAAGAUAUGGAGUUACCGAUCUUUGAUCUGAUAACCAUAUCUAAUGCCACUGAUAACUUUGCAAUAAACAAUAAGUUAGGAGAAGGUGGCUUCGGAUCUGUAUACAAGGGUAUAUUGCAUGGGGGGCAAGAAAUAGCAGUAAAGAGACUUUCAAAGAAUUCUGGACAAGGAUUCAAUGAGUUCAAAAACGAAGUUACAUUAAUCGCCAAACUUCAGCACCGCAACCUUGUGAAGCUGCUCGGCUAUUGCAUUCAAGAAAAUGAAAAAAUGUUAAUCUAUGAAUACAUGCACAACAAAAGCUUGGACUCAUUCAUUUUUGACCAAACAAAGAGUAGACUACUUGAUUGGCGUAUGCGAAACAACAUUAUCGGUGGCAUUGCUAGAGGGCUUCUUUACCUUCAUGAAGACUCUAGAUUAAGAAUUAUCCAUAGAGAUCUCAAAGCUAGCAAUAUCCUUCUAGAUAAUAAUAUGAACCCAAAAAUUUCUGAUUUUGGCCUUGCUAAAAUAUUUGGGGGAGAUCAAACAGAGGCUGAUACCAAUAGAAUUGUUGGAACAUAUGGUUAUAUGCCUCCUGAGUAUGCCGGAUAUGGACAUUUCUCAGUGAAAACCGAUGUUUUUAGCUUUGGAGUUUUAGUACUAGAGAUUGUGAGUGGGAAGAAGAACAAGGAAUUGUGUAACUCUGGCCAACGCCUUAAUCUUCUAGAACAUGCAUGGACACAAUGGAUUGAAGAUAAGCCAAUGGAGCUGAUAGAUGAAUUCUUAAUCUUAGGCAACUCCUGCAUUUUAUCUGAAGUGUUACGAUGCAUUCAUGUGGCUUUAUUAUGUGUACAACAAAAACCAGAAGAUAGGCCAAACAUGUCAUCCGUGGUUCUAAUGUUAAGCAGUGACAAUUCAUUGCCCAAUCCAAGGCAGCCAGGUUUUUUUACAAAAACGGCUCUACUUGGAGAAGAUUAUUCAUCAAGAAAGCUUGUAAUGGCUUCAAUAAAUGAAAUCACUUUUACAAUGUUAGAAGCAAGGUAGAGUAUCAUCACUUAAGACUCGAGAGCAAAAAAGAGUGAAUGAAAAUGAAAGUUACAGGGUGCUUCUGUUCACAACAGAACAUACAGUUUAAUAUCUUUUGUUUGGAGAAAUGGAGCCUUCAUACCAUGUAUGGAAAUUCAUGCAUUCCUUGUGAAGUAGUGCUUAUUUUCACUAAACCUAUAUGCAAUUAUAAGGAUGGAGUUUGACACUUUUGCUGAAUUGUACAUCUUGGUAUCAUCCCCACUCCCCACUCCCCAUGCAUCAUCAAUUCCUUAAU